UAGUGAGAAUAAUUUUAUUACAACAUUAGAGCUAUCUUCAAAAUAAAAUAUACCGAUAAAUGUAAUAUAAGAAGAAAAUGAUAAAAUAUCUCAUUAAUUAAAUAAAAGAAAAAUCGUUAAGAUGGCAUUGUUCAUGAAACAGGACUUCAAUCCACCCAUGUUAUCGAGACGAUGGAUCGCAAUAAAAUUCAGACCGAAUAUGCUCUUAUACAGCCGGGAGCACAUCAUAUCGAUCCUCGAAAGUGGUCUCCUGUUCCGAGAGGACAGCGUAGAAGUGGAACAGGAAGCCCCCGCGGCGGAAGCGCUGUGGGGACGCGCGGGGGGCACAAAGGGGGGCUGGUUCACGCAAGGGGAGCGGAAUCUAGCUCUGCUGGCUACUUUGGUACUCGUUGCAGCCGCACCUCCUAGAAAUUUCCAACGCUCCACGCUGCUCAAGCUGGCGGGGUACGCGAUCGUGCCCGUCGCGUUGCGGGCGUCGCACCGCCUGCAGUGUCGCGGGGCGCUCAAGGCGCUGCUGCCGCUCAUGCGCGACUACAUGGCGCUCGUGCGGCGCGCCACGGCCUGCUGCCGGGAAUACGCGACCUUACACGCCCGACUUACCUCAGUAACAACAGUGAUAGAGUCGAUGCGCACAAUGUUGGGUCGACAACAGUCUGAACUGUUGAUUUUGAUGUCGCGAGCGACAUCCUCACUGCUGGGGAACGUUCCAUGGUUGCACGGAGACGUGGCUUGCGAGUUCGAUAGUGAAAACCUAAUGAAAAUCCAUCACGCCUUCCUAGUUGUCCAAUCAACACUAUUGAAGUACAUAGCGAUGGCACACGCUAUCCCAUCUGCGCAUGCGCUGAAAAUAUACAAAAACCACAACGAGAGGAUACAUUGGAUCCAUAAUAUUCUAAUUCAACACCUAGUCCAAGAAUUUAAAGAGAAUUAUGAAGCAUUAGAACGAAUGUAUAGAUUAUUAAAGAAUUACGGUGCGAAAGACAGCGACAGUGCACUGAAAAAACCAGGUUCGGCCAUAAAUGAUACGUGGUUGUACUCAGACGUACAUACAGGCAUAGCUAGGUCAUGUCUAGAACUGAAACUGGCUCUCGAGAGGUGUAGCCACCUAGAUAUGUUCCUAGAUUCGUGCGCGAUGAAUAAACAGGAGAUAAGCCUGGAUGUUCUAGAUAAAGAUAUAGAUGAAAUUAUAGAUAACAUCACGAAAUGUCUAUCAACAGUUCAGAAUUCACAAAUAAGAUUGAAGAAGAUGAAGAACAAACUACGCGUCGGCGAUGAAGAAAUUAAAAUUGAUGAUAAAGAAUACGAGGAAGCGAAUAUUUUAAAAAUCGAAGACAAGGAACCGGUUAUACGUGAUGAAGUUUUCUAUUUCGUCAAAACGGAGGAUGAAAGCGUUCCAGCACUACUAGGUGAUAUAGUAACGGGUCCUGGUUUAAAAGAAAAGGAGAAUUCAAAAGUAGUUUUAAAGGAAUUACAAAGGAAAUUGGUGAAAAGAGAAGACAUGAUGAGAGAAAGAGAGAGGCAGGCGUUAGCGAAGACGAUGCCAGAGUUGAAAAACAUACCAGAAUUCCCAAGACAAAUCAAAUACGAGGAGUUCUUAGAGCGCAAAGGUUUUAUAUCGAAGAUGAAAAGACGAAGAACAAUGAAAAAACUGUUUAAGAAGUAUAAAAUAACGAAACGCAACGAUAAAAGGAAAAAAUUAGAUAAUUUCAAAUUAAGAAUCGAUAAAUAUGAAACAGAAAACGAUAUAACGAAUGAUAUCUUCAAGACGACAGACGAAUUUAAAGUUGAAACUCAACUUUUAACAAUAACUAAGACAAAAGAAUCGUUUUUAGUAACGAAAUGGCUUCAAAAUAUUACCAAAGACACUAAUGGCCUGGAAUCGAGCGGUCUCUCCGACGACCUAAGCGAUGUCGAAGCAAGCGCAGAAAACAGACAAGUAAUAAACAAUAAUAGAAACACGAUUGACACCAAAAACUACAGAUUUACAAGGAAAGAUCUAGAACUAUCUCCGUCGUCGUCCGAAAGCGACUUCGAUCAUUUGUACAACGAGAGAAUUUCAAUACUGAACGACGUCAGACGCUAUCGAGCGGUUAGGAAGAAGAAUGUACCAGCGAAAAGAUUGUCCGUAGACAAUGUAGAUGAAAGCUUGAAGCCCAUAGAGUAUAGCUUCGGUACUGGCUUGGCAAUGGCCUCCGUGUUACAGAUAAAUAAUAACGCUAAACUACCGAAUAUGAUUCAAGAAGAGGUUUUCAUCGGAGACGGAGAAGUGUCCGAAGACAGUGGAAAUGAUGAAGAUGCUUAGUUCAGCAAAUAUUCUAUGAAAAAUGGAAGUCGAUUUACGGUGCUAUGCUAUUUUGAUACGUAUUAUCCAAAAGUAAUGCCGAAGAAAAUGGCGCGUAUGACUUUUUAAAAGUUCACGGUUCGAGUUGAGAUACAUAUAAUUUAAGGCCUACACAUAUCAGAUGCAAGAUUAAUUGUGUCUGUGUAUAUAUCACCGUAAAAUUGUAAGGACCGUUAGUUUAUGACAUAUCUACGUAUUCCAUGCGAUUUAAUACUACAUCUGCUGUAUACUAUAUUACAAACAGUUCUUGAUUAAUAUAUCUUUAUUUAUAAUACAACUACUAAUAUCCACUUUAAUUUUACUUCCAAAGUUCUGAUAGCAAUUUCGCCGCCAUUUGUAACCACAGAUUGAUCAAGAUUUCGAUCAAUGAUGUCGCGUCAUUUCUAUGUCAAACUUGUUUAUUUGUCUUUAUUGGUCGAAACCGUCUAGACAGAUUGUAAAAUUUUAAAAUGAGCAUUAAAUUUAAAUAAACUGUUUAUAUGUUUAAAAUAAACUGAUACACCUUAAACAUAGUUGAUUGUUUAAGUGUGUUUUAAUAGAUCUGAUGGCCUUUGUAUCAGCUUUGACCAGUCGAGCAGCGUUACAGAACUAUCGAUAGUUUGACUAUCGAUAGUUGACCUCUAAAACGAUUCAGGAUAUCGAUAGUACUAUCGAUAGUAUCGCUAGCUCUCUGUAAGCAAAACUAUUGUUAGCAGCGAUACUAUUGAUACUAUCGAUAGUGUCGAUAAUUUUGGACUAUCGAUACUUUAGGUUUAAAGUUAUGAUUUUCGCAAUACUAUCGACAGUAUAACUCAUGGGGAGCUAUCGAUAGUAUUGACACGUGACAAUACUAUCGAUAGACUAUGGAUACUAUCCCUAACACCUGUACUAUCGAUAGUGGACUAUCGAUAUGCAACACUACAGUAGAGUACUUGGAUCCGAUCUGAGCUACAAUUGAUCGGGGUGGGGUCUACAAUUUUGGUUUUAAUUAAAUAGUUUUACAUUAUUCUUGGUUAUUUAAUAAGCUCAAUUCUAACAGUGCUAUAAGUGAUCUGGACUGUGUUAUUAGACGCCAUAAAACCUUGUCACAAAUCGUGGUAAAUAAGAAAAUGUCCUGUAUACAUUAAAUGUUGUCGGCAAUAAGUAGUAUUCGUUUAUUUAGUAGGUGCUUCGAUUUGAAUAAACUUUU